AUGGCGGAUCGGCUUGCUUCCAUAAUGCCUUCUUUAAUUUCAGUAGAGCAAAGAGGUUUUAUCAAAGAUAGGCAAAUUAAGAAUUGCAUCUGCCUGGCUUCAGAGGUGGCCAACAUUCUUGACAAAAAGUCGUAUGGUGGAAAUAGAGCUUUGAAAAUUGAUGUCACUAAAGUCUUUGAUACGUUGGAGUGGCCUUUUCUUUUGCAUGUACUCAGAGCUUUUGGAUUUAAUGAUACUUUUUGUCAGUGGAUUGAAGUUAUUCUCAACUCUGCUACCAUGUCUGUUUCUGUCAAUGGAGCCUUGCAAGGUUACUUUCAGUGCUCCCGUGGUGUACGGAAAAGUGAUCCCUCAUCACCCUUGCUAUUUUGUCUUGCGGAAGAUGUUUUGAGUAAACAUAUUUCCAAGCUGGUGGAGGAUAAUAAGUUACAAAAAAUUCAGGCCUCUAGAGAAAUCUGGAUUCCCUCUUAUUGUUUUUAUGCUGAUGACAUUAUGGUUUACUGCACUGGUAGGAAGAAAAACCUUCAGCACCUCAAGGAGAUCUUCAUCUCCUAUGCUAUCUAUUCCGGGCAGCAUGUUAGUGCUGGAAAGUCUACCAUUUUUUGUGGGGCAAUGUCACAGGAUAUGAUGCAGGUUUUGGCCCAAUCUAUUGGUUUUUCAACAGGAUCUCUGCCUUUCAUGUACUUGGGUAUCCCUAUAUUUAAAGGAAGGCCAAAAAAAAUUCAUUUUCAAUCAUUAGUUGAUAAAAUCAAGAAUAAGUUGGCAGCUUGGAAGGCUAUUCUUCUGUCUUAUGCUGGGAGAGCUCAGCUUAUUCGUUUUGUCCUUCAUAGUAUGUUGGUGUACUCCAUCACCACACACUCUUUGCCUUCUUCCCUUAUUAAAGAGUUGGAGGCUUGGUUUAGGAACUUUCUUUGGUCAAGGGAUGUGUCCAAAAGGAAGCUUGUUCAUGUUGCGUGGCAUAAAGUCUGUAGGCCUGUCUCUGAGGGCGGUUUAAAUAUUCGAUCUCUUGCUACUUUGAAUGAUGCUUCUAAUCUGAAGCUCUGUUGGGAUUUAUUGCAGUCAAGUGAUCCUCGGGCGAUUAUUCUUAGGGCUCGGGUUUUGAGAGGCAACAAAUGUAUUAACCACCAUAUUCACUCAAGCAUUUGGAGUGGAUUAAAGAAUGAGUUUCAAAUUGUGUUGGAUAACUCUCAAAUUCUGAUUGGUAAUGGGCUUAAUACAAAUUUUUGGUUAGACAUUUGGUGUGGUUCACAGUGUUUGGCUGAUGCUUGUAAUAUACCCGGUGCCUGGCAUGCUUUUCUAAAUGCAAAUGCUGCGGCUUUCAUCCAGAAUCAUCAAUGGUCUAUACCUCUGCAGGUUUUGGAUUUCUGCCCGAAUUUGUCAUCUAUUGUUCACAUUGUUGUCUUACCGUCUGUCGAUAUUGAAGAUCGUCGGGUCUGGUGUAAAUCCACGGAUGGUGAUUUGUCCCUCAAGGAGGCUUAUGCUUUUAAAUACAAGAAUCUUAAUCCUCUUGAUUGGACCAAAAUUUUUUUGGUGUAUCGACAUUCCCCCAGCGAGAUCGAUACUACCACUACUUGGAGAAGUGCUGUUACUCUUAUCAAAGCACAGGCCCAGCUUUCGGGAUCCUCAACCAAUCUCACCUUCCACAAUUCUGCUGAUAACUUCCGAAUUCUAAAGUUAUUUGAUGUUCCUAUUCAUCUCUCUCGCCCUAUGCGGCUUAAGGAGAUUUUUUGGAGCCCUCCUCUUGAUUCUUGGGUGAAAGCUAAUACAGAUGGUGCUGCUGUCAAUGUUAACUCUGCUUGUGGCGUUUCUGGAGCCUUGAGAGCUAUUGAGAUUGCUCAACAGUAUAAUUGGAAUCAUUUGUGGCUGGAAACGGAUUCUUCCCUAGUUGUCAAAGCUUUUAAUAAUCUUGCAUCGAUCCCUUGGUCUCUUCAAAAUAGAUGGUUUAAUUGUCGGGCCUACAUUAGGCAGAUCCAUUUUUUGAUUACUCACGUGUAUAGAGAAGCUAAUUCGUGCGCCGACUUGUUGGCAAAUGAAGGCCUUUUUGUAGAUGGUUAUCAGGCCUUCAUUGAUCUUCCGCAAAACCUAACGUCUAGCGUUUUGUCCAACAAGUUAGGCAAACCUAACUUUAGAUUUACACACUUUUGA